AUGCUCCAGCCCGCCCCAAGACCCAUCGGUCUCUUUCCCGCCCACUUCGCGCGCCAACCCGAAGCGAUGGUGGUGAAGGAACAUUUGGUCCCGAUGGCGCAAAACGAUUAUACCAUAAAAUCGGUCGAGGGCCAAACCAUGUUCUACAUAGAGGCCAAGUCAUUCUCACUCAGUAGACGCAAGGCCUUUAUGGACUUGCAGGGCAACAUCUUGUUCACUAUUCGGAAAGAGAAUUUUUCAAUUCCUCCGUGUUAUUAUGCAGAGGAUUCAAGCGGGAAAAGAAUACUCGAAGUCCAAAGCAAGUUUACUUUCGGUUCCUCUAAAGCUGUGUGCAGCUUUAUCGGCGUUAGCGGCAAGAGAGAAAGUCUAUUCAUGAAGGGAAAUUUUACGGCUUCGAAGGCGACCAUCACGGACGAAAGUACCAACGCGCCUGUUGCGAUGAUCAAUAGGGAUAUCUUCACCGCCAGGGAGAUAUUUGCUGGAGUGCAGACAUAUGUCGUGUCAGUUGCUCCAAACGUCGACAAGGCACUCAUUGCGGCCAUGUGCAUCUGUCUGGACGAGAGGCGCGACGAGAGGCGCAACUAG